CUGCGCCUGUGGCGACUGCACCUCGGGCAAGGAACGAGCGGUGUCUCUCGGUGUCGCGGAAGCUCGUUUCCGUCGCAGAGCAAUCGCUGCUUGCGAGCGACCAGAGAGUGCUUGAGCCGAGUUGCACUGGCGACGUCGAACAAAUGUGGAACAAGUAUUCGUGGCACAUAUCGUCCCCCACAUAGGCGAGCCGUCGGUUCGCCGUCGAUUAACUUGGAAGCCUACCUGCAGGACUUCGGCAGCGGGAGCAGUGAGUCCAGAGCGGCGUUAGCAACACUGGCUGGCAGCACUCCGAGACACUUGGCAUUUCGAAGAACAGUGGGUCACCGGGUACACGCUCGGGCCAAAGCUGGCGCUCGGACACCAUCUUUCCGAUGUCGACUGCCAGUGGUCGCAGAAAUCCUAAUUCGGGAUCUUUUCUUGGAGCGCUGCGAGUGCAUGCCGAGUGCACGCCCGCGGGUGGGACAUGCCGUGUCGCGAUGGCUUCGUCGGCGUCGACGAGACGUCAACUCGAUGAUUCCCUCAAGCAGGAUCCGCGGUGCCUGCGCCGACGAAGCCGCCGCUCUUGGCCGACGGGCAGGGUGACGCACGAGAGUCGCCGCUCCGCUACCGGUGAGCUGUCUUGAGACGAUGCUCGGCACAUCAUUUGCGCACACCGGCAUCUCUCCUACUAAGUUCACGAGCCCAAAGAUUCAAGGUCGCCCCGCCAAGCGCGGUGCCGCGGCCCCGCUGCCCUCCAACGGCGGCAUCACUGUGACUUCAUCCGUGCCGAAAGAAAACGAGCCGACGACCCACUGUGUUGGCGGCUGCUCCGGCGGAGACCGGGCUCCGGCGCCGCACCGCGAGAGGGGCCGGGCGACCGGCAGGCGCCGCGCGCCGGGGUCCCGAGGCGGCGGCCGCCCGGCCGCCUUCACAUCGGCCAUGGCCGCCCCUCGGCGGGCCGUGCCGGCGAGGAGCCGCUGCACGCAGACCGACCCCGUGGCGUGCGGCUGCGCCUCCUACCCUCCGGCCGUCCGCCGACCCCCGAGGCCCAGCGCGCCGCCGCUGCCCGAGGACCUGCGGCGGCUCGCGGAGCCGCCCGACGUGCGGCUCGCCGUCGGUCCGCAGCCGGGGGAGGCCCGGUCCGUCCCGGUGCACGCUGCUGUGCUGAGCCAGAGCGCUGUGCUGCGAGACCUGCUCGCACGGUGCAGUGCGACGGGGGUCGGCUGCCAGCCAGAGGCCGACGCUCGGACCAGGACGCUGCGAGUCGUCUGGGCAGACCCGGACGCCUUCGAGAAGAUGAUGCCCUUCCUGUACGGACGGGACGUGCGCCUCGACGACGUGUCCUCGGCGCUGGAUGUGAUGCGCGUGGCCCACGCCUUCGCCGUUCCCGGGCUUCUCACCGUGUGCCUGCGCUACGUGGGCGACCACGUGGACAGGGAGACGGCGCUGUCAGCGCUCACGCGGCUCUGCGAGGUCUCCGGCGGCGGCCCCGCCGCGGACCUGCAGCAGAACCUGCUGAACGAGACGCGCGCCCGCUGCCUGGACGUGGUGGACCGCAACGCCGAGUGGCUGCUCGCUGACGCCGCCUUCGAGUGCUUGCCCCGCACCAUCUUCGCCCUCGUGUUGGGCAGGGACUCCCUGUGGCUCAGGUCCGAAGUUUCGGCGGCAAAGGGCGCUGACCGCUGGGCAGCCGCCGAAUGCCGACGGCAGGGUAACGCUACAGAACCCGCGCAAAAGCGGCGAGUGCUGGGCGACACUGCCUACCUCGUUCGUCACUUCCUGCUCGACCGCGACCAGUUCCGACGCGUGGCUCCGUCACUGCUGGACGACAUCGAGGCAGCCCUCGUGCUCGAAUUCAUGGACGGCCGCAUCGGAGAGGACCGACUGACCCCUGCGCUCAGGACCAACCUCGCGUUGAGGCGGCGCCCUUCGCCGCCGGCGCUGCCUCCAUCCUCGCCUCCAGCGGCAGACAGUGAACCAGGCAGCGCUCCGGCCACCGGACCAGUGCGAAGUCAGACGUUGGCCAGAAACCGAAAGUCCACAUCGGCCAAGGUGCGCAAGUGCGCCGCGGACGUCUUCUGGACGGUCGUGUCUAUUCUAGACUGACGGGGGGCGAGGGGGGUCCUACGUGUAUCCCUUCGUGUGCAUGUCGUUGUUGUCGUUGGUGUGUGUUCGCGAAAGACGCCUGCUGGGCAGGAACUUGGACCUCGAUACUUCUUGCUUUGUGCCAGGAAUUACUAGCUUUUAUUUUACUGACUGGGUGUCCAUACCCGAUUGCUGUCCUAGUGCCCGCCUUCUGUAUUGUGACGCUGAAGUUUCGAACUCUGAUGAGUGUAAAGACACUUUUCAUAAUUUGUGGCAGGGCAUAAAUUGUGACAGGCUACACUAGACGUCCAGGUAAGCUGCUCUACAACUUGGUCAAUACGCUGAUGGUUGUCGAAAAGGGUAUGGCUUAUGCCAAGAGCAACAGCUACAACGACUAUACUGAGAUAAAAAUUAGAGUGGUCAAUGCCUAAGUAAGUUUUCUACUUAGCUUCGCUCAGUCUCAAAAUAGCGUUAUCGCCCUUCAUUAUUGGUUUGGCAACACCACAUAAAGAUGGCUAGUGCGGUU